AUGUCCACUCUCCACGAAGUACUAGCAUCAAGACACCGCCUAUCAGUGUACCACGUCUACCACAAAGGCGAAGAGCACGUCUCCAUAACGCCAUUUCUCAAUCCGCGGAAAGAACUCGGUUGUACCAAGAAGCAACACGAAAAACUAGCAAGGAACUACGGCAGUGAACCAGAGCGACGCGAUUCAAACAGCUACUUCGUACAUAAACCAUGUCUCGCCUUCCAUGACGCCCCACGAACUCUCCGGCGGGGAAACUUCAAACGUGGACCCCCAAUAUGUAUCAUGAACUGUGGCACUUUUUGGAGAAACUGGAAUAUCCAGUUUGGGCCUGAUCUCAAUGAUAUCAUUGAUCCGAGGGGUGUGGUUAAGUGGGAACAUCGCAGUAAUCCCAAUAACACUACUCUCAAUGAUGAUCGCGCGCUGAAAGGGUAUAAAGUUCGUACAUGGCGGCUUUGGGGGAACAGUGGGAAGGAGUAUCAUCGUCAGGUUAAUUUCCGCCGUAAGGCUAGGAAGCAGGAGGCGUUGGAGAAGACGACAGAACCAGAGGUUGUUGACAUGGGGCCUGUGAAAAGUGACAAGACGGCAUUGGAAAAUGAAAAGACCACUAUGAAUGAGAAACUUCCCGAUUAUGCGCGAGCCCAAGCACCAGUAUCGAAAUCUACAUCCGAGGAACCUGUGCCACUGCCCGCUGUAGCCGAGGAAGCAGUACGGCUUGUCUGGGAUUUUCCGAUAUCAAUGCACUGCCGACAAUACACUUUCGAAUACGCCGAUAUCAAAUUCACCUGGGAAGGGACACGAGACCUCCAACCAAACAACAAAUGGGCCAGGAGACUAAUGCCGUUCAACCAUCUGAGGUUACUUGCCAGGCUACCAGGUCGUGAGAAUGAGCGUCUGUUUAUUGCACAGUACACAUCCAGCUUUGCAUACCGGAAAUUCGGCGAGCUUUGGGUCUUCGAUUCGGUGAUAUCUGAUAUUCUCAAGGAGACGGGCAACUCUUCUCUAUGGAGCACGAGGAAUGAGGAUGAUGAGAUCUUUCAGUUGGAUCCGGAUAAUGACAUCCGAGAAACGAGGCUUUUUGAUUUGGUUAUGGCGACGGCUAUGUGUAUGGUAAUCAGCGAGUGGAAGAAGCGGAUGGUCUUAUUGAUGAUCCUUGCUAUCGCCAGCGAAGGCGGUGAUUUAUAA